CUUCCUCACCCUGCUCUGCCCCUCCUUCCUCUCUCCUCCCUCAUCCUCUACCUUCCUAUAUAUACCUGUCCUGCGCUCGCCUCUACUACCCCUACAGCUGGACUGUAUUCCUUUUCCGUUGUUCUAUGGCACCAUACAAAAUGGCGGGCUUAAUAGGAAAAGGAGGCAACAAGCACUACCCUCAACCCAUCAACACCGAGGAUGACGACCAGGACCUCGAGACCGGCAACUUCAUCCAAGAGCGCGCCAGGAACAACCGGGUUGAUGGCGGUGCUGGCGAAGGCGGUACCAACGAGGAGUACAGAUCUCUGAUCAAGUACAUCGACACCUACCGGGACCCCAACGCUGAGGUGGAAGAGACCGAGGCGGCCACAACCAAGAAGGUGCCAGCAUGGCAAUUCUGGAAGAAGGCCACCCAGGAGGGCGCUGGUGCCAGCGGCUUCGUCACUCCCGCCGACUGGCUCAAGACCGACAUGAGGCAAGGUCUUGACCCCACGGAAGUCGAGCGCCGCAGAAAGUACACCGGCUGGAACGAACUCACCACCGAGAAGGAGAACAUGUUCCUCAAGUUCGUCGGUUUCUUCCGCGGUCCCAUUCUCUAUGUCAUGGAGUGUGCCGCUAUCCUCGCCUUUGCCCUGCAGGACUGGCUUGACGCCGGUCUGAUUGUCGCCAUUUUGUUGCUCAACGCCGCUGUCGGUUGGUACCAGGAGAAGCAGGCUGCCGAUGUCGUCGCCUCCCUCAAGGGUGACAUUGCCAUGAAGGCUCGUGUCGUCCGCCAGGGCAGAGAAGAAGACAUCCGCGCUCGUGAACUCGUCCCCGGUGACAUUAUCAUUGUCGAGGAAGGCCACGUCGUCCCCGCCGAUUGCCAGCUUAUCUGCGACUACGAGAACCCCGCCGGCUACAGCGCCUACAAGGCUGAGCUCGAGGCUCAGGAUGUCAUGUCCCCCCGCCGCGAGAAGUUCGAGGAGGGUGAUGAGGAGAACGCCAACCCCGCCCUCGGACACUCCAUCGUCGCCGUUGACCAGUCUGCCAUGACUGGUGAGUCCCUCGCUGUCGACAAGUUCAUGACCGAUACUUGCUACUACACCACCGGUUGCAAGCGCGGCAAGGCUUUCUGUAUCGUCACCCACGGCGCCCAGGCCUCUUUCGUCGGAAAGACCGCCUCCCUCGUCCAGGGCGCCCAGGACCAGGGUCACUUCAAGGCCAUCAUGAACUCCAUCGGUACUACGCUUCUCGCCCUUGUCAUCAUCUUCAUCCUCGCCGCCUGGAUUGGUGGUUUCUACCGCUCCAUUGAGGUCUCUGAGGAGGGCACUUCCGUCAACUUGCUCCACUACGCCUUGAUUCUUCUCAUCAUCGGUGUCCCCAUCGGUCUGCCUUGCGUUACCACCACCACCUUGGCCGUCGGUGCCGCUUACCUCGCUGAGGAGAAGGCUAUCGUCCAGAAGCUUACCGCCAUUGAGUCCCUUGCCGGUGUCGACAUUCUCUGCUCCGAUAAGACUGGUACCCUCACUGCCAACCAGCUGUCCGUCCGCGAGCCCUUCGUCAUGGAGGGAGUCGACAUCAACUGGAUGAUGGCCGUCGCCGCCCUUGCCUCUUCCCACAACAUCAAGGCUCUCGACCCCAUUGACAAGAUCACCGUUCUCACCCUCAAGCGCUACCCCAAGGCCAAGGAGCUCAUCUCUGACGGCUGGAAGACCGAGAAGUUCACUCCCUUCGACCCCGUCUCCAAGCGUAUCACCACCAUCGCCACCCACCGUGGUGUCCGCUACACUUGCGCCAAGGGUGCCCCCAAGGCCGUUCUCGCCCUCACCGACUGCACCGAGGAGCAGUCCGCCCUCUUCAAGGAGAAGGCGGCUGAGUUCGCUCGCCGUGGUUUCCGUUCCCUCGCUGUCGCCGUCAAGGAGGAGGAUGGCCCCUGGGAGAUGCUCGGCAUGCUGUCCCUCUUCGACCCCCCUCGUUCUGAUACCGGCCAGACCAUUCUCGAGGCCCAGGCUCUCGGUCUCCAGGUCAAGAUGCUUACUGGUGACGCCCACGCCAUCGCCGUCGAGACCUGCCGCAUGCUUCAGCUCGGUACCAAGGUUUACAACUCCGACAAGCUUCUUCACUCCGACAUGGCUGGCACUUCCAUCCACGAUCUCUGCGAGCGUGCCGACGGUUUCGCCGAGGUUUUCCCCGAGCACAAGUACCAGGUCGUCGAGAUGCUUCAGCAGCGUGGUCACUUGACUGCCAUGACUGGUGACGGUGUCAACGAUGCUCCUUCCCUGAAGAAGUCUGACUGCGGUAUUGCCGUCGAGGGUGCCACUGAGGCUGCUCAGGCCGCCGCCGAUAUCGUCUUCCUUGCCCCCGGUCUCUCCACCAUUGUCUCCGCCAUCAAGCUGUCUCGCCAGAUUUUCCAGCGCAUGAAGGCCUACAUCCAGUACCGUAUCGCCCUUUGCUUGCACUUGGAGAUCUACCUGGUCACCUCCAUGAUCAUCAUCAACGAGACUGUCCGCGCCGACUUGAUUGUCUUCCUCGCUCUCUUCGCUGAUUUGGCCACCAUUGCCGUCGCUUACGACAACGCCCACUUCGAGAAGCGUCCCGUCGAGUGGCAAUUGCCCAAGAUCUGGAUUAUCUCCAUCGUUCUCGGCUCUCUCCUCGCUGCCGGCACCUGGAUUCUCCGCGGUACCAUGUACAUCACCGAGGGUGGUGUCAUCCACGACUACGGUUCCGUCCAGGAGAUUCUCUUCCUCGAGAUCUCCCUCACCCAGAACUGGCUCAUCUUCGUCACCCGUGGCUUCGACACCUUCCCCUCCUUCCAGCUCAUCGGUGCCAUCGCCGCCGUCGACGUCCUGUCCAUCCUCUUCUGCGUCUUCGGCUGGUUCUCUGGCGGCCGCGGCGAGCCCGCCUCCCCUCCCUCGCUCAACAAGUUCCUGUCCGAGAACGGCCGUACCGACUUCGUCACCGUCUGCGUCGUCUUCGUCUACUCCGUUGCCGUCACCAUCGUCAUGGCCCUGGUCUACUACGUCUUGACCAACCUCCGGGUCCUCAACGACAUGGGCCGCAAGAAGCGCAGCGUCACCGACACCCUCAUCGAGAACGUCCUCACUCAGCUGAGCAAGGUCGCCCUCGAGCACGAGAAGGACGACAAGGGCGAGCGCUUCUACAUUGCCAACCGCGCCGUCGUCGAGGAGGGCUAAGCGUCCUGAGUCGAGCAACUGGAGAGAGUUUCGACCAAAACAUGAAAGAAAUCAAAAAAAUCAACACAAAAAUUAGACAUCAUGUUAUUAGGAGCGCGCGCGGCAGAGCAGUCACAAACAAAGCGUGUUUUGAACGGCAUCGAGUUUCACAACAAAAAAUCCAUUUCUGAAAUCAUUUUUUUCCAUAUCCCACUAUAGAGAGAGAAGAAGGCGAUGAUACUUCUUAGGUGCGAGGAAGAGAGAGAAAGACCAGCCAAAAGGGAAAGGCGAGGGACACACCAACCUCUAGAUGACGCGCUUGGUAAUAUUUGGCGACAUCAACACGACUGUCACUAAUGACCCAUUUUCACGAGCAGUUUUCUAUAAUGUAACAAAAAGA